CUAGUAUUUACUUCUCAUCACCAACACAAAACUGAUCUCUUAGUCUUUAUCAAAUCCUCCUCUUGAUCCUUAAUUUUACCAAAUUAAUCUCAAGUCUUAGGUUGUCAUGGGUGUUUUCACUUACGAGACCGAGUCCACCUCCGUCAUCUCACCGGCUAAGUUGUUCAAGGCGUUUAUCCUCGAUGCCGACAACCUCAUCCCAAAGGUUGUACCUCAGGCUAUUAAAAGCAUUGAAAUUAUCGAAGGAAAUGGAGGACCCGGAACCAUUAAGAAGAUCACCUUUGGCGAAGGUAGCCAAUUCAAGUAUGUGAAGCACAGAAUCGACGCGAUUGACGAAGCAAACUGCACAUAUAACUACAGCGUGAUUGAAGGUGAUGCUCUGAGCGGGAUAAUCGAGAAAAUCUCAUACGAGAUCAAGAUAGUGGCUUCCCCAAAUGGAGGAUCCAUCUUGAAGAGCAUCAGCCAUUACCACACCAAAGGCGACCACGAGAUCAAGGAAGAGCACGUUAAGGCUGGUAAAGACAAAGCCGCUGGGCUGUUCGAGGCUGUUGAGGCCUACCUCGUGGCACACCCUGAUGCCUACAAUUAAAUUAAUUAAGCUGCUUGUUUUUUGCGUCCCUUGAAUCGUGAGUACUUGCGUGCUUGUGGGUUGCAUUUUGUUGUACGUUUGUUUUCUGUACUCUAGCCAGCCAAUACUAUGUACUGGGGUUUGGGCUUGAGAUAAUAAAGGAGUUUGCAGUAGUAGUUAUGAUCUUUGAAAUCUGCUUUGCUUUCUGUAUUAAUUACUUUGCUUUGCAUACAUAUAAUGAAAAUCAUAUAUGGAUCAUGUUAUUUAAUACUUA